AUGGCUGGCGGUGACAUCAAGAAGGGUGCUGGCCUCUUCAAGACGCGCUGCGCGCAGUGCCACACCGUUGAGCAGGACGGCGGCAACAAGAUCGGCCCUGCGCUGCACGGCCUGUUUGGCCGCAAGACCGGCUCCGUCGACGGCUACGCCUACACCGACGCCAACAAGCAGAAGGGCAUCACCUGGGACGACAAGACUCUGUUCGAAUACCUCGAGAACCCCAAGAAGUACAUCCCGGGUACCAAGAUGGCGUUCGGCGGCCUCAAGAAGGAGAAGGACAGGAACGACCUGAUUGCCUACCUCAAGGAUUCGACGAAAUAG